CUCUCAGGACUUGGGAUGCUGGCAAGCGUCUACACUGAUGACGACGAGAGAGGCCGUGCCAUGGGUAUUGCCUUGGGGGGCCUCGCUUUGGGAGUGCUGGUGGGAGCUCCCUUCGGAAGUGUGAUGUAUGUGUUUGUUGGGAAGUCAUCACCCUUCCUCAUCUUGGCCUUCUUGGCACUACUGGAUGGAGCACUCCAACUUUGUAUCCUACAACCUUCCAAAUUCUCUCCUGAGAGUGCCAAGGGGACUCCGCUGCUUACACUCCUCAGAGACCCUUAUAUCCUGGUGGCUGCAGGCUCCCUCUGCUUUGCCAACAUGGGAGUGGCCAUGCUGGAGCCCACACUGCCCAUCUGGAUGCUGCAGACCAUGUGCUCCCCUGAGUGGCAGCUGGGUCUAGCUUUCCUGCCUGCCAGCGUGUCCUAUCUCAUUGGCACCAACCUCUUUGGUGUGUUGGCCAACAAAAUGGGUCGGUGGCUGUGCUCCCUGAUUGGCAUGGUGGUAGUAGGUACCAGCUUGCUUUGUGUUCCUCUGGCUCAUAAUAUUUUUGGCCUCAUUGGCCCCAAUGCAGGACUUGGCUUUGCCAUAGGCAUGGUGGAUUCCUCUAUGAUGCCCAUCAUGGGACACCUGGUGGACCUGCGCCACACUUCCGUGUAUGGGAGCGUCUACGCCAUUGCCGAUGUGGCCUUCUGCAUGGGCUUUGCUGUAGGCCCAUCCACUGGGGGUGCCAUUGUGCGUGCCAUCGGCUUCCCCUGGCUCAUGGUCAUCAUCGGGGUCGUGAACAUCACCUAUGCUCCUCUCUGCUACUACCUGAGGAGCCCACCAGCCAAGGAGGAGAAGCUUGCAAUCCUGGGCCAGGACUGCCCCAUGGAGACCCGGAUGCACGCAGCCCAGCAGUCCACGAGGGCGUUUCCUCUGGGCGAGGACAGCGAUGAGGAGCCUGGCAGUGAGGAGUAGCAGAGCAGGUGGCCCCUGAGCCUGUCACAUGUAGCUCCAUGCGGCUCUGACUUCAAUGACCACCUCUUUCCCUGGAAGCAGCUCGCCAGGGGCCACUCAGCAGGCUUCACUUCCCUCUUCUGUGGGUGUCUCUUUUCCUUCCACAGGUGCCAUCUCAGGUUCUCUCCCCACCUGUGUAACCCGCAGCUCUCCCUCUAUGCUUUGAUGCCCUCAGGAGGCCCAUCUUUGUGGGAAUACAGAGUGAUACUUUUUUUCCAGCUUCUGGGAGGCUGAUUAAACUUGAGCUGUGACAGGUUCUGCAAGGAGUGACUCAUUUCCUGGAGGCGGCACAGGAUGCCCCUGAAACCAGUGGGGUGACUGACAAACCUCCUUUCAUCUGUUAUCUGAUUUUCUUUGGCACAUUCCCAACCAACUAUCGGGGUUUUGUGCUCUGUUCUCAAUACAGUCCUCCCUGAGUUUUCCCAGCUGAGUUGAGAAAGCAUCCUCAACGUUGUACUGCUGCCAAAUUGCCAAUUUGGGAAAUCUUUUGCCUGGUGUUUUUAAGCUGAGUGUUUUUUCUGUGGCAAAACCUACAGCCACUAAUGUGACUGCCCUCAGUGAGUGGGAGGCCUCCUCUUUUCUUCAUUACCAAACGGAAGGGAAAGAGCCCGUUUCUCUUAUGCUUGAGUUACUGGCAUUCUCACUAUGUCCCCUGUGGGUCUCUACCUUUCCUAAACCUGUUAGACUCUAAGAAAUAAAAGAGGACAGAGAAAACA